GCCACCGCGGCGCCGAGCAAGCCGCCCGCCGGCCGGCGGAGCCAGCUGAUCGGUCGGCGCGAGGAUGGCCGCAUCCUUGACGUUGCCGCUCGCGGGCGCGGUGAUGCUGGCGGCGGCGGCGCUCCUCCUGUGCGGCGGCGCGGAGGCCCGCGUCCUCCUCACGCUCGACGACUUCGGCGCCGUCGGCGACGGCAUUGCCAACGACACCCAGGCUUUCGUGGACGCGUGGGCCGCGGCGUGCGCCUCCAGCGAGCAGGCCGUCCUCGCCGUGCCGGUCGGCAAGGCCUACCGGAUCUGGCCGGUGCAGCUCUUCGGGCCCUGCAAGAGGAAGCUCAAGCUGCUGAUUUUCGGUGCGAUCGUCGCGCCGGCGAGCCCGGACGCGUGGGCGGGGCGGGACCCGAUGAAGUGGCUCUACAUCUACGGCGUCGACGGCCUGUCCGUCAGCGGCGGCGGCACUAUCGACGGCUCGGGGCAGCAGUGGUGGGCGAGCACCUGCAAGCGCAGGAAGACCCCGCCUUGCUACUCGGGGCCUCGUCCAAAGACGGUGCACUUCGAGGCGUGCCGGGGCGUGAGCGUGCAGGGCGUGACGCUGCAGAACGGGCAGCAAUUCCACCUGACCUUCACGCGGUGCUCCGACGUGAGGGCCAGCUUCCUCCGGGUGAUCGCGCCGGCGGACAGCCCCAACACCGACGGCGUCCACCUCAACGACUCCUCCCACGUCCAGAUCACGGACAACCUCAUCUCCACAGGGGAUGAUUGCGUCUCCAUGGUCGGCAAUUGCUCCGAGGUCCGUGUAAAAGACAUCUCAUGUGGGCCUGGCCACGGUAUCAGCAUCGGAAGCCUCGGCAAGAACCGGACCACCGACAUGGUCGAGAACGUGAGGGUCGACACCUGCUUGCUCACCAACACGACCAACGGCGUACGGAUCAAGAGCUGGCAGGGCGGCAUGGGCUUCGCGCGGGACCUGCGGUUCGAGAGCAUCGUGAUGAAGAACGUGUCCAACCCCAUCAUCAUCGACCAGUACUACUGCGACCAGCCGACGCCGUGCGCGAACCAGACGCGGGCGGUGGAGGUGCGCAGGGUGGGGUUCGCGGACAUCCGGGGCACGUCGGCGACGGCGCAGGCGAUCAGCAUCGCGUGCAGCGACGCCGUGCCGUGCCGGGACCUGGAGCUCAAGAACGUCAACCUGACACUGGAGGGCGGCGGCGGCGGCCAGGCCACCGCGUCCUGCUACCGGGCGUCCGGGAAGAGCGCCGGCGCCGUGGUCCCGCCGUCCUGCCUCGCCAAGCCCAACGCCUCCUGAUCUGAUCGACAAGACGCCGCCGGUUGCCAACACGGGCUUGCCUUCGCUUUUUCUUCAAUCAGCAGCUCUUGUCGCAGCGAGGCAGUGACCGAAAGCACGUUUGCGCAAAUGAUUGAACUUGCAGGUCCAAGCUGUAGUCACACCGAAAUUUGUAGACCCUACACGCCAUUGGUGACGAGAGGAAAACAGAAAAAAAAGUGAAAUGAAAUGGACACUUUUGUCAAA